CGCCACCGCCUGCUUGUCAAACCGAACCUCCUCCUCCGCUUACUGUCCCCUCCCAGCGGCUCUCACUCCCUUCGCCACUGCAGUGAAAGCCUCGGUAACGGAGAGACGGCGAGGAGAGUCUGAAAGCUGGGUACAAAUCCAGGACCAGACCUCAGAAGAGGCACUACUGUCGUGUUGUUUUUUUGUAUCGUUCCCCUCAGCUCGGCGGCCCGCUGACUCUUCCUGUUUCACCUCUUUUCCGUUCACAUCGCCUGAAUUUCAUCAUCGACCCGCAAGAUGGGAAAUGAAGCCAGUUACCCCCUGGAGAUGUGCUCACAUUUCGAUGCUGAUGAGAUUAAGAGGCUAGGGAAGAGGUUUAAGAAACUCGACCUAGAUAACUCGGGCUCACUCAGCGUGGAGGAAUUCAUGUCUCUGCCGGAGCUGCAACAGAACCCGCUGGUGCAGAGGGUUAUCGACAUAUUCGACACGGAUGGGAACGGAGAGGUAGACUUUAAAGAGUUUAUUGAAGGAGUCUCACAGUUCAGCGUCAAGGGUGACAAAGAACAGAAACUGCGAUUUGCUUUCAGGAUUUACGACAUGGACAAGGACGGCUACAUCUCCAAUGGCGAGCUCUUCCAAGUGCUGAAGAUGAUGGUGGGCAACAACUUGAAGGACACACAGCUCCAGCAGAUCGUGGACAAGACCAUUAUAAAUGCAGACAAGGAUGGAGACGGCAGGAUAUCCUUUGAGGAGUUCUGUGCAGUGGUUGGCGGCCUCGAUAUACACAAAAAGAUGGUGGUGGACGUGUGAGCGCCCUCCGCUUGCUGAAUCCCCCUCCUCGCCCUCAACACUCACUAUCUCCACCAUCUCCGAAGAUCUGCUCAGGACGUCUGGCAAAACGCUUUCUGUGUAACUCAAUGGAAGUAUUCUCUCUCUAUGUCUCUCUGUGAAGCCGCUUUUUCUUUUCUGUUUCAAAAAACCGCGGGCCUCGCGAAGCCAACUUUGAAGUGUUAUCGAACUGUAAAUCCGCAAUAACCCGGUCGUAGCACUUUAAGAGACUGAAGGACACCCAUUUGUCAUUUGCAAGAGCAUCUCUGGUUGUGGAAGAGAAGGCAGGGAGGGGUUAGAGGAGGGCGCAGAGAAGAGGCUGGUUGGCUUGUUCAUAUUUCAUCCUUUUUUUUCUUUUGUUAAUUGUCAUUUUUGAUAUUUAUUUUUGUUGUCUUUUAUAAAGAAAAAAAAUACAACUAUAUAUCUGCUUUUUUUUUUUGUUUUAGAGGAAGUGUGUAGUGUAUUUACACGUGCAGCAGUACAGCUAGAAAGUAGGGUAUGAAGUGCCAACCAGAACAUAUCCAGAACCAGUUCAAGUUAUUAACUAUCAUCACUGCAUUCAUUCACACGGGGAAACCCGGAGGGCGAGGCAUCGUUAAUAAAAAAACAAAAUUUCAAAACGAUAAUUUCUUUUUUUUUUUUUUUGCCGUCUGUUUGUUGUUGGGUUUUUUUUUCGCUCAUGCGCGCAGUUUGAAUUGACCAGUAAAGCUUCGAAUCACUCUUAGCAAUGCUUUUCAUCGGCUUUCUUUUUUUUCCCAAUAGGAUUGCUAGUUUUAUUUAUACGUAAGAAUGUGUUUAUUUUGUUGGACAUCAUCCGUGUUUCCUGUCAUGAAAUUCUAGCUAGGUUAAAUUAAUGCCAAGAAAAUGUCUUUCCAGAUAAAAAAAAAAAAAAAAAGGAUAAAAAAAAUCAUGGCUGCAAACUGAUGCAUGGUUUACUCUUGAAGAAGCAUUGUGCAUCCAAAACACAAUUUCCAAUGCAAAGAUUAGCUCAGCACUCGCUAAUGAACUGUAGUGGAAUCAUGACUCGUUUCCAGGUGUCUCUGUGAUGUUAGCAGACCAUGCUGGAUAACCUUGGCAAAGAACCGGGAGGGAUUAAUUGUGAGAUCACAGGCUGUGUGUGAGGAUGAAGCAAUUUAAAGGACUUACCUGCAGGCAGCAGUUUUUGAUUUAAACAGAUAUGUGUAUAUUAGGUAAUCAACGUGAGCUCAUCUUGUCGGACAGCAGGAGGAGGCAGCCUUUGCAUCCAAAGCAUCUCAGUGCAGUACAGGACGGGGUCAAUUCCCUUCAACUCAAAAACACUUAACCUUAGCACGUUAGCAUGAUCAGUGUGCAAUGGCGUUAGACUAGUUUAUAUCUGGAGCGUGUAUGUUUCAAAAGUUGGCUUCCACUCCCACUUUCUCUCACAACCAUGUUAAAUGUAAAAUUCAGAAAUUUUAUUUGUUCAAUUCCAAGGGGAAAAUGCGUCCUACUAUAAACAGCAUUGGGAUACAUGUCCGUUUUGCUUUGGAGGCCAACUGCUAGUUUUAACAGGAUUUUUCAGUCAGAUCUGGAGUGCUCUCUUGUUCCCCAUCCCUGAGCUCUGCACGGCUUGGGCCUCCCUGUGCUUGCAUGACAUGGAAGUAUAUUUUUUGUUGUGCAUGUAGAUCAAUUUUGAAAUAAAACUCUUGUUUACACAUGGAUGGUGAUGUUAAUAUAUUUAAGAAUUUUAUGGUAUACAAUAUGGAUGUUGCCAAACUUUGGUAAAUGUACACAUAUUAUGAGCGGUAAUCCAAAUGAACUGAACUACAUGUAACUUUUUUGUAUUUUACCCGGGUCAGCGAGAUGCUUCGAUUCCAGUAAAAGUCGCAUAUCUGAUCCUGUCUCAAACUGCCACACACUGUACUCAGCUUAAAGGGGAAAAUUGUUUUUUUUUGUUUUUUUUUUCUUUUGUAUAUAAGUAUUUGUUAAAUGCAGUUCUGGCUCUCUGUUCUCUGUAUAGAUCAGACCGCGCUUUAGUUUGUAAGUGCUACUUUUCUUUGAGGGAAUUGGGUUCUUUUUAGCUUGCGUGGGAAUAUCUGAAAAGAUUUAAGUUUGAGAACCUUUUUUUUUCCUUUUCUGCAUGCUGCAUAUUAUGCUGUGGGACUGUUGGAAACUUGAUACUGUAUGAAAAUAAAAUAAAAUUUAAAUAAACUUUGAAAUGUUGAAAGUAA